AAUAUGGCGGCAUGUGCUCAAGAAGAAAACAUCACAGAUACACACGAGCAAAACGUGAAACACAUGCUUUCUCGCAUUGCAAGCACUGAUGCUGUUGUAAAAAGUCAGCAGAGAGGCGAACCAGAAUUAGCUGUGGAUGAGAAAAUUGCUAUUUUACACGAGCUUUACGAUAAAAAACCAGCUUCUUUUCUUAUGCGAUUUGGAAGAUAUCUUUCCGAAAAAGACCUAGGAAAUUUCGAACAUUUAAUGGGAGAAUAUGAGAUAGAUUUUCGUCUUAAAGAAGUAAAAAAUAUCCUUGAUGGUAAGAAGAAGAAAACAGGGAUACGUAACAGACGAUAUGAAUGUUUACAGCGAUUAAUGAAAGACACGGAUUUCUUCAGCGAAGAGCAGAUGAGAAAAAGGUCUCCUCUUCUUUACGAACAGUAUAUAGGUCAGUAUCUUACUGCAGAGGAAAAACUUGACCGGGACAGAGCUGAAACUGGAGACGAUCUGUGCCUGUCACAAAUGAUCAUGAAUAGACAAGAGAAGGAAAUGAACGAUUGGUAUCUCAAUUAUCAGAGAGAUCAAGAGGCUUGUCUAGAAGAAGAAGAGGAAGAAUCAGAUAUGGAGAGUGACAGCUCAAUCGAUAAAGUGGAACCUGGGAGUCCAAUCAAGGGAUGCCCUUCUAAGGAAGAAAAACUUAUGCUCCAUGAAGAAUUUCUUAGUGCAAUGCAAGACAAAUUCAUGAGAGGUGAAGAAGAAGAGUUUGACUAUAGUUCAGUUGAUGCAAAUGAUGAGUAUGAUGAUCUGACCAUACGAGGAAGAGAUGAAGAAGAACAGUACUUUGACAGUGAAGACAUGUAAGUGUCUCACCUUUUUAAAUCUAUCAGCUGUAUACUGAACAUGAAAACUUGACCCAUGAGUUACCCAUGGGAGGCAUGGUGGUCUAAUGAUCAGUGCACAGGAUCCUACAUCAAAAGGUUCAAGGCCUGAUGAUCAGUAUAUAGGAUUCCACAUCAAAAGGUUCAAGGCCUGAUGAUCAGUAUAUAGGAUUCCACAUCAAAAGGUUCAAGGCAUAAUGAUCAGUGCACAGGAUUCCACAUCAAAAGGUUCAAGGCUUAAUGAUCAGUGCACAGGAUUCCAAAUCAAAAGGUUCCAGGAAUAAUGAUCAGUGCAUAGGAUUCCACAUCAAAAGGUUCAAGGCAUAAUGAUUAGUGCACAGGAUUCCACAUAAAAAGGUUCAGGGUUGGCAGUGUUGAUGGCUAUUGAAUCUUUGGAGUCAGUGAAAGAGAAACUUAAUAGAAAAGCAGACACUACCAGAAUAUCUCUAUUACUUUCAUGUGGAUUUAUUUGUUUCUUCCUGUUGAUUAUUUAUUAUGAAUUUAGAAUUCAUCACCCUUAAAUAACCAACCAUGAAGCAUGGACAAUUUUUAAAAAAGCAGAAAUAAAUAAUCAUUGUACAUCUAGGAGCUGUCUCCGUCCCCUAUGUGACUUUAUCAUUUUAAAAUUUACUUCACAUAAAUGGCCACAUUACGUAUCAUGAUGACAAAAAAAAAGAAACAAAACAAAGAUUUUGUGAGAAAUUUACUCAGACACAAAAUCAUUCAAAUAAAAGAAGAUAAGUCACAAAAAGGACCAAUUAUUAUUGUCAAAAGGUACAAUAAGUCGAUAUUGACCUGGACUUCAUUGUAAUAUGAAAAACAUAGACUAUGAUAAUGACUUCCCCUUAAAUUAUCUAGAAAUUCAAUUACUACAACAUUAUCUAGAAAUUCAAUUACUACAACAGACAAUAGUCAUCCUCAGGACUACUCACAAUGAGGCCAUCAAGCUUUACCAGCUAUUAUUACUGUACUUACAGUAUGAUUUGACCCAAGUUUUAUGUUGUUGUUAAGAGUAAUUCUCCAAAGAUCAAAGAAAUAACUGACAUUUGUCCUUUGGAAAAGGGGAAAUAACAAGAAGAAAAAAGAAAAACCUCAUUACAAAUGAGUAAAAUAGAAAAAAACGUGGAAAAUAUCCUGAAAAAUAUCUUUCUAGAGGAAGUCAUCAUCUAACAAAAGAAAUUUGUAGGAAAUGAAAUUCCUAUUUAUAUUGUGUUUUUCUGAAAUGGUUUGUUUCAGCCACAUUAUCACCAUUACUGUUCUAGCAAAUAUUGUCACCAGUUUUGAAAUUCAGGUUUGAAUACAUGAAUGUCUUGAAAGAAAUACUGUUAACUUUAUUUUAAUUCAGUUACAUGUGAGUGUGACAUGCCUAUUUUUCCUUUGUUUUGUUUGGAACUACUUUCCCUCAUAGCCUUUGCUGGUUCCUGUCAUAAGGAACAAUAAUAGCUAACUAGUUUAAUUCCUGAUGUAUUUGUAAGAAAAUCCUUUAGGAUGUUUGUGGUGCCACUAGUCAGCUACGCUUGGACUUGCGUUGACCAUCUUCAUCAAAUGUUGAUAAAUCUAGGGGGAAAAAAAUUGUUUAUUAUAAUAUGUAACUCUGACAGUAAAUGGCAUGUGACAAAUCAGUAUUCUAAGCUUUUUAACCAUCCUAAACUACGCACUUGGUUUUAUAGGGUUUCACUGAUAAAUUUCUUGUCUAAAUCAAAUAAUAUCAUUAUUCAACACUGGAAUGAUGCUGAAUUUAAAAAAAAGUACAUCACCUACCAAUUGCAACAAAUUAUUGUUCCUUUUUUGUUACUGCAUAAUGUUUGAAAGCUUAACCCUUAAACUCCCAUAAGUGACCAAGACAGUUCUUAUUUCUCCUUACAAUAUCAAUACAAUAUUAAUCAGAUAAGUGAUGAGAGUAAAGAAAAAUAUAAAUUUGGAGAUAAUAAGUUGAUCCAACACUAAAUUCUCAGAACUAACAUUAUAAGAAUUGUAUAGUUGACAGUAAGGAGAAUUACAAAUUUGAUCUGGAAGGAAGGGUGUUGAUACAACUACAUGUGAGGGAAGUAUUAUUUAUAGCAUGACACAUUUUGAUGUCAAUACAUAUUGAACAACCAUUAUUUUGCAGAUUGUGAAAUGAGCUUUUAAGAAAAGGAAAAGAAAGAAAAAUGAGUUGUGUAAUAAAAUA